UUUAGAAAGACGACAGAUGAAAUAAUGUAGAAAAGGCUGCUUGCAGUUUUCCUAAGAGUCAUUUCUGGAUUCAAUCAGACACACAUUCAGCUGCAACUUCACCAUGUCAAGACGUUUGACAGUUGUAGAUAUCGGUUUGAUCUUGUUGUCACUGCAAAAUGUAGUCGGACAAUUAAGCUUUCAUUCAGACAAAGAUGUGCUUUCAAAACUUGCUGUCUUUGAGGAGUACAUUUAUAUUGGAGGAGGGAAGAAUUUGUAUAAAUUGAACGCUUCCUUAGGACAUGAAGAAACUAUACAAACGUGUACGUCAAACUGUACAAACAGUGUAAACCAGCUACUUCUGAUUAACGAGAACGAAAAGAAAAUUGUUAUCUGUGGCACUGGGAAUAAUGGACUUUGUAGCCAGCUAGAUCUGUAUGAUUUAGGUGGAGAAAAUAAAACUGGCAGUUUAAAAGUACCUGUAGAUCAUGGUUCCCCAGCAGUUGGCCUUGUCACUAAGGAUAACAAAGACUUGAUGGUAGCUCGCUCAGUUUGUGUAAAUGCCUCAUUCAUUGAAGAUGACAGUAAUUUCAAAGUCAUUGCAAGUUGGAAUUUUACAACCAUGCAAAUACCAAGUGUUGUAGAUCAGGGUUCACAGAAAAGUUUGAAACUAAAGAAAUCUCCACCAAAUAAUCAUCCUUUUUGCAUAAAGUAUCUACAAGUUCUUGAACAUAGUGGUUUUUCCUACUUUUUUACACAUCAAAAUAUGUAUUAUAAUUCCCAAGAUAAAGUUUCGAAGCUGGCAAGGAUUUGUCAGAGGGAUGCAUCCUACCAGACAUAUAUAGAUGCAGAAAUUGCUUGUCAAGUAAGAGGAGAGAGUUAUAAUGUUUUGACUGAUGCUACCUUUGUGAAUGGAACAGUCUUUGCAUCAUUUUCAAAGCCGGAUGGACCUUUCGAGAGUGUUAUUUGCUUUAAAGACAUACGACAAUUAAACUCUUCUUUAGUUGAUGAAAAGCUAGAUUUUAUUAAUGGGAGUUGUGUUUUAGAUAAUGAUCUCAGUUAUCUAGAUAAUUUCGGCAAACUUCCUAAAUGCGAUGAUCCAAAAAACUACACUGAAUUUAUUUUACCAGAGUUUACCUGUGCAGCUAAUAUGACAGAUGUGAGUUCUUACAAGGGUGUCAUUGGAAAAACCCAAAUAAACUUCAACUAUAGUGUUCACAACAUUUAUGGAAAAAUUACAAAAUUGUUUACAACAACUGUCAAUGAAAAAUUGGUUCUUCUAGCUGGCACAGAAGACGGACAUGUGAUACAGUUUUCUAUCUUUGAAGAUGGCUCACUGCACGAAUAUGAUACUAGUAGUGUACUUGUUGGUACCAGCAAAGAAGACAAUCAAAUACAUGACCUGUACCACUUCCCCGAUGGUGAUGCCUUAUAUGCAUUAACAAAAUCAAAGAUUUCCAAAAUAAGCGCGAGGUCUUGUAAUGAGUCUGGCGUAUCGGUAUGCGUAGAAUCUGAAACAAUGAAGUUGAAAGACCCUCACUGUGGUUGGUGUGUUUUCACAAACAAGCUCUCAAAAAUGUCUGAAUGUAAAGACAAAUGGAUUUCAUCUGUGGAUGGGUGCAUUACACUUUCAAUAAGCCCACAGGGAGUAAAAAUUGGGGAAAGUACAACUGGGAAACCUCCUGGCAACAAUCAGUGA